ACUGUGGCGCAGAACGACGUUGGCUCUCGUCGGGUGCGAACGCGCUACGGUUUUCGAGACGCUGGUAGAGUAGACAUAUAGUCGUCGAGGCAAUUUCUUUUAUAUCACAUUCUCUCUUCGUCUCGUUUGAGUCGUCGCAAGCCAGUAGAGACUUUUAUCCGAGCGUUCGUUUCGCUAAAGUACCAUAAGUAGUCCUCGAGACAGCUAAAGAGAAAGAGAGAGGUAGAAAGAGAUAGAGAAAGCGAAAGCGAGGGCGUUCGAAACUAACAAAGCGGCGGGAGCGAAAGAGAGACCGAGAAGAAAAAUGGCAGAGGACAAGAACGAGACCAGCCCGAGCGCCGAGGGUGAAAAGCCACCACAGGAAGCGCCGCCGGCUGAGAAGCAAGAGAAGGAGGAGCCGAAAGAUUGCAAAGAGGAGCCGAAGAAAGUAGAGGAGAAUGGCGACGGUGAGAAACCGAAGGAGAACGGCGAGGAGAAACCCACGCCAGAGCCGAAGGACAUGCGGGCUAUAGUACUGAACGGUUUCGGCGGAUUGAAAAGUGUCAAGGCUCUCAGGAAGCCGAUGCCCACCCCCGCUGAGGGAGAGGUCCUGAUCCGAGUCAAGGCAUGCGGAUUGAGCUUCCAAGAUCUGAUGGCCAGACAGGGCGCUAUCGAUUCCCCGCCGAAAACUCCUUUUAUUAUGGGAUCCGAGUGCGCAGGUGACAUCGAGCAGCUUGGCGAGGGCGUGGAGAACUUUAAGGUGGGCGAUCGAGUAGUCGCAUUUCCUGAUCACAAAGCGUGGGCGGAGCUCGUUGCAGUACCGGCUACGUCCGUUUUCGCGUUGCCACCAGGCCUGAGCUACCUCGAUGCAUCAGCGAUCACCAUGAACUACACCGUGGCUUACAUCCUGCUGUUCAAGCUUGCCAACCUGGCACCUGGCAAGAGUCUUCUGCUUCACAGCGCCGGCGGGGGUGUGGGUCAAGCGGUGGUCCAGCUGGCCAAGACAGUGAACGACGUGACUAUUUUCGGCGUGUGCAGUAAAUCGAAACACGAGUCUCUGAAAACGACCGGCACUAUCGACCAUCUUCUGGAACGCGGCACGGACUACAGCAGCGAGGUCAGAAAGAUCUCUCCGGAGGGUGUGGACAUAGUCCUCGAUUGCCUAUGCGGCGAGGAGUGCAACAAGGGAUACGCAUUGCUGAAGCCUAUGGGGAAAUACAUCCUUUAUGGGUCCAGCAACGUGGUUACCGGAGAAAUGAAGAGCUUCUUCUCGGCGGCGCGAUCAUGGUGGCAAGUGGACAAAGUGUCGCCGAUAAAGCUGUUCGAGGAGAACAAAACGUUGUCGGGCCUGAAUCUCCGUCAUCUGAUGUACAAACACGGCAGCCAGGAGUUCGUGCGGCAAUCGGUGGAGCAAGUGUUCACCAUGUGGAGCGAGGGUAAGAUCAAGCCUGUAAUAGAUUCGACGUGGGCAUUAGAGGACGUGCCGGAAGCAAUGCAGAAGAUGCACGACCGCAAGAACAUCGGCAAGAUCGUGUUGGACCCGAGUCUCGAGCCGAAACCGAAACCGGCGACGCCGGCCAAGGGAAAAGCGAAAGACAAGAAGGCGGCCAAUCAGGACGAGAAGAAAGCGCCCAGCAUGGAGUCGGAAGAUGGAGAGAAGAAGAAAGAGCCUGAAUUGACAAACGGAACAUCCGAAGACAAAUCCGAUAGCGAUUCGAAAGAAAAAGAAUCGAGCUGAAUUAGCGGCACUAGCUAAUUCUAUUACGCGUAUAUAUAUACAUAUAAAUAUAUAUAUAUAUAUAAAUAUAUAUAUAUCUAUAUAUAUAAGAAAAAGCAAAACUGAUAUUCCAUGAAGAUCAAGAAUUUCCAGAUAAAUAUUACUUCAUUAUUAAACGGUCAACUACAGCUUUGUUGCUGCACGAGGAAACUGAACAUUCGAUCCAGCAAUUGAUUCAGCAGCAAUCUCCGCAGAAUCGUACGCAGAUGAUUGAACUUUGAACUUCUUCAAACAUUAAAAAGACAACAGAAGAAUCGAGCUUCAAGAAUUUGCCUGGUUUCAUCGAAGAUGUCUAGCUCGGUUGUUGAUUUCGAGUCAAUAAAACAGACUCGCUUCACCGGGAAUCAUCUGCAUGACUCUGUUCUCCCUUCCGUCUGUUUUGCGCUAAGAGAGAGAGAGAGAGAGAGAGAGAGAGAGAGAGAGAGAGAGAGAGAGAGAGAGAGAGAAAGAGAGAGAAAUAGAGAGAGAGAGAAAGAAAGAGAGAUAGAGUGAGAGAGAAUCGUAAGAGUGAAAGUGGUGCAUAGGAGAAAAGAGAGAAAAUUACAAAAAAAAAUAAUGAUAAAGAAAGAAGAAGAAAAAAGUAACAAUCAUAUUGUCCUCUAAUGAUCAAGAGGGAGACAAACGACAACCAAAUAACAAAUAUCAAUUUCGACGAGGUCCACAGUAGUUUGCAGAAUAUAAAAGAACUAUUAUUUUUAUUUUUACACACUGACCAAAAUGAUAAAUUGAUUUUCACGUAAGAAUAAAAUAACAUUGUUGGGCGCCCGGAUUCGUUGGAUUGGCCUUGACAAAACUAGUAGUUGCUCUCUUCUUUCGAUCGUGUCUUUUGAAUGCUUUUUUCUAUCAAACUCAACUGUGUGUAUUCGUACUUAUUCGAAAACCAUUCACAGAAAAUUGCAAUUUUCCAAAAGACCGCCCAACGAUUCUGCGGUGGCCAACAAACAUUGCUACUUUAUCUACUCGCAUCGACUACUACUCUACUGCGAUACAUAUAUAUCCAGCAACAUUUUACACUACUAUAAUAGUACCAUUUAUUGUAAUUUAAUAGAGUAUAAUAAUCUAAUUGAGGCUCGACGGUGGGAAUCGCGUGAAACGAAUAGAGAAAGCCCACCCGAAGAGCCGAUUGGAUAUAAAGCGACUGUGUGUUACUUUUUUUUGUUUUCUUUUAUUUUUUAAAUGUACGUCUACUUUUUACGAAGAAUAUUUUUACUCCGAUAUUUUAUUAUCCGAAUAUUGCCGCGAUACGAUGCUCUUACAGCUUGAAAGUUUUGACAACAGUCAAGCACGAGAAUUCACAGUGUUAGUUAAACUAAUGUUCGUUUUUGAACUUUAUAGGGAUGUUCCAACUGCCUGUUCCCGUCUACAGGGCGGGCGUUAUAAAAAAAAUGAAAAUGCCGAUAUAACAUUUGCAACGAUUUACCAACGAUGACUAUUACGAUGACUUGAUUCUCUUCUCGAUUCCUAGCAUCCAAAAAGUAGACCUAGUUUUUUAUUCUUCUAACCAACGUUGGUUUCACUCCACUUCUACUAUCCGAAAGUUGCAUUUAAUCAUUGUUUUUAACAAGUAUUGUAUUCACUAACGGUGAAAGAAGACACAAAUGUAUCUCUGAGUUUCUGUGAAGUCGAGCAUCUGUAUUUUUAACACGUACGUAUAUGUGAUGCCAUUUUGUAAUCAACUUUUUUAACAUAUGAGCUCUUGACGAGUGGGGAUUUGAACGAUUGUAUGUGUGAUUACAAGUUUAGCGCAAUUGAUUUGUUGAAUUGGAACGAACGGAUGUUCGAAUGGUGUUGAAAGAGAUAAUGAUUAAUGGUCUCGUUAUCUGGUUGGGGGACGCUGAGAAUACUCGAGAUUAUACGUCGAACGACAGAAAUAUUAAGAGAGAGAAAGAGAGAGAGAAAAA